UUUCCCUUUUAAGCCUCACCUCUUCAUGCAUAUCAUUUCCAUUGGACCUGUGUGGAAAGCAAAUGACUCUGCGAAAGAAAUCAAUGCCCUUUGUUGUUGUGGUCGCGUUUGUGCUCAUCGAAUUCAAACCCAUCACUGGCCAAUCGAGCUACAAUUACCAUUUCUGUUCAGGCUCGUCCAAUGACACAACAAACUCUACUUUCAAUUCCAAUCUUGCCUCACUUUUAGAUUCUUUAUCCGCUGGAGCAUCUGGGAACAAUAGCUUCUACAAGAACGACUUGAGCGGCAUCUUUGGCCUUUUCCUCUGCCGGGGCGAUGUUCUGAGCGGCUCUUGCCAGUCCUGCGUUGAGAUCGCAGCUCAGGCGCUCCGCAACCGAUGCCCAUCCAGCCAGGAAGCGAUCAUAUGGUAUGACAUGUGUAUGCUGCGCUACUCAAAUACCGACUUCUUUGGAGUGAUGGCGACAUCGCCGAGGGUCUUCAUGUGGAAUGUCGAGAACAACACAUCGCCCGAUGAUCCGGAUAUCAAUGCUCUUGCUUUGAUAUACAAUCUUGUGGCUGAUGUUCCAUAUACUGCUCUGAUGUAUGGAGUGCGUGAAUCCAACGGAGGUGAUGGCUCACAGCAAAGAUAUGGACUUGUGCAGUGUAGUAGAGACAUCAAUAGUACAGAGUGCAGCUCUUGUUUGGCUCAGUUGACAGAGGAUAUCAAGCAGUGCUGUGAAGGGAAAAGGGGUUGGCGAAUUUUGAGCCCGAGUUGUAACCUCCGAUAUGAGAAUUACUCUUUCUAUCAGCAGCAGGUGGCUUCGCCUCAACCAACUCCGAGUGCGACACCGCCUUCAUCAACAGAUGAAGGAACGGGAGGAAAAAACACGACGAAGAUCAUAGCCAUCACUCUAUCAUUGAUUUCAGCAGUGGCAGCACUUCUGGUGUCUUGUCACUUCUUAUUUAAGCGAAGAAAGAGUCAGGACGGAGAUGAAGUAAGAAGUGAAGGAAUACUUUUACAAAGCAUGGAGGAUUCUGCUUAUAGGACAACCUUGAAGGAGAGAAGCAUGCACAAUGGAUUCCAAGACGAAAGCAGCGAGAUGCACUAUUUUGACCUGCCUACCAUAAUAACAGCUACAGACAAGUUCGCCGAUGCUAAUAAGCUUGGAGAAGGUGGCUUCGGGCCAGUCUACAAGGGCAAGCUACUUGAUGGGAAACAAAUUGCAGUCAAGAGGCUUUCGAUGAGAUCGAGCCAAGUGAACCGUAGUCUACUUUCAAGAACGAAGUGAUGCUCAUUGUUAAGCUUCAACACCGAAAUCUAGUGAGGCUAUUGGGAUGUUGCUUAGAGAGAGGCGAAAAGCUUCUUGUAUAUGAAUACCUAGUGAACCGUAGUCUCAAUGCCUUCCUAUUUGAUUCAAUGAAAAGGAGGGAAUUAGUUUGGACAAACCGUGUGCAUAUUAUCAAGGGAAUAGUGAGGGCCUUUUGUAUUUGCAUGAGGAUUCUCGGCUUAAGAUCAUCCAUCGAGAUUUGAAAGCGAGCAAUGUGCUAUUGGAUGAUGAGAUGAACCCAAAGAUAUCAGACUUUGGCACUGCUAAAAUCUUUGGAGGCAAUCAAAUUGAAGCUAACACUGAUAGGAUUGUCGGGACAUAUGGAUACAUGGUGCCGGAAUACGCUAUGGAGGGACUAUUUUCAGUGAAAUCCGAUGUCUAUAGCUUUGGGGUCUUAUUGCUUGAAAUCCUCACUGGACGAAAGUGCAGCUCAAUUUUUAACUGUGAGCAUGGUCAGAGCCUAGUAUCAUGGGCAUGGCUACUAUGGAACGAAGGGAAAGGGCUAGAGCUAGUAGAUGCAAACUUGAUCAAUUCAUGUCCAAGAAACGAAGCUCUAAGAUUGAUCCAUAUAGCGCUAUUGUGCGUUCAAGAGGAUCCGAAUUUUAGGCCUACUAUGUCAACAGUCAUCCUCAUGCUCGGGAGUGAAUCAGACCUUCCUCACCCGAAAUCGCCUCCCUUCCCUACAGGCAGAUCUUUCUUGUUAGAUCAAUCUUCCACUGGUACAGACACCGGAUGCCUCUCUUCUGAUAAAUCUUCAGCAAGUGCAUCUAAUUGAUCAUUAUUUCGGCGUACAACAAAAUUUUGUGGGCUCAAGUAAACAAGAUCCAAUGCUUCCAAUCUCAUAUACAUGUAUCGUCCUCCAUACAGUACUACGG